AUGCAAUAAACACAUAUGUAAGAAGAAAAAUAGGAGAUAAAUCCAGAUAGCAGUCCAAGUUUAUCAGACAGCUAAAAUGAUAAGAAAGAACCAAUUAAGUAAUACUUCUCAACAAAAUGUAAAUGGAUUUCUUUCAGUGUUACUUUCUUUGUGUUAGCUGGUAUCGGAAUAUUUUUAGGAAUAUAUCUAAGUCAAAAUACUAGUUCUGCUCCAACACUUAAAAAAUUCUAAAGAGAUGAAUUCUAAUAGGUGGAUGAAAUCUGUAUGCACUAUACAUCAGAUAAAAUCCACAAUUGUACUUAAAUUGAAAUGAAAACAAAAAGAGUGGUUAAUGAUGUCAACAAAUAAAAUGCCACAAGCUUGUUGAUGUUAACAAGCUUGAAAGUCAAAACCUUCUAAUAGAAUUCUGAUGGAACCAGAUAGUAUGAUGAAAUGAUUGAUUAGAAUACAGAAAUAGAAGAAUAAAUUUAGAAAUCUUUAAGAAGAUUACAACAAAGUCAACCUACAGAAAAUGACAAUUUUUGUGAAGGAAUUCCUGCAGAUGAAUGUGGAAAUGUAAAUGAGGUACCAUUAGUUACAGUAAUUACUGACUAAUAGACUGGAGCAAUAUAGUAAAUUGGAAUACCUAUUGAAAUUCCAGAUCUACUCAUAUAACCAUUAGUUUCUAACAUUAUACAUAUUGCUCCAAAUGUAGCUGAAUCAACUAAUACUACUGGAACUGAUGGGAAUAGAUUACUAAAAGAAGAUUAUUCAAAUGUUUACUUUAUUGGCAAGGAAGCAUUUAUUCCUAAAUCAAGUAAAACAAAAUCAUGGUUUGGUAAUACUGUAAUUAAAAAGACUAUAUCUUAAUCAGAUUAAAUAGAUGGUAAUUCUUAAGGAAUCAAUAUUUUUGAUAUGUUUGAAUAAUCAUAAGAAACUAUCCUAGACAAUAACAAUUACUUAGUAUCUUCACAUAUAACUACUGAUUCUAAAUAUAGUAAUUCUAUAUAAACAGAAAAUGUUAAUUAAAACUCUGAUGAUUUAGCUGAUAAAUCAGAGACAGAAAUUACUAAUGAUUCAAAUUUAAUAACUGUUGAAACCAAAUCAGAUGAGGAUUUAACAAAUCUUCUGACAGAAAUUAAAAAUAAAUAAACUAUUCAAUAUUAUACUAUUUAGGAUUUAUAAGAUAAAAUAUAAAAUUAAUAAGAUUAAUAAGAUUAAGUGUAAGAUUUAUAAUAAGAAGGUAAUAGAUUAUUAGAAAAUGAAAAUGGAGAUGUUCAUUCUAAUUCUGAAACUGAAUAUGAAAGUUAAGAAGGUGAAUGUACUUCUAGUAUUUUCAACUAAAAAAGAACUCUAAAAGAAGCUACAGUAUUGAAAUAAAAAGUUGGAUUAUAAGCAGAAUUUAAAGGAGAAGUAAAAGAAGGAAGUGCUUCAGGGUUUUUCAAAACUUGUGUUUCACUUAAUGGUGGUUGCGUAGUUGAUUUAUACAAAAGAGAUUUUUCAUAUCAAGGAAAACCUUUAGAAAAAUUUGAAAUAAAAGGAGAGAAAUCUCAGAGAAUUUUUAGUAUAAUUAUUUUAAUCAUGGGUUAUCCUGUAACUGUUGGGGCAGAUUAUAAUUAUUCUUGGGGUUUUAUUGAAUCUCCUAUCAAAACUGAAAAUGAAUUUGGUAUUUCUUAAUAUAUUUAUGCAUCUUUGAGUGUUACAGCUUAUGGAGAGUUAAAUUUAGUACAUAUAAUUAAAAUUAGAGCAGGAGUUCAAGGAUAUAUUUUCAAAGGAUCUGCUAAUGGGGUUGCAUAAUUUAUGAUUAAUUAAGUAGACAAUGUAAUCAUACCUGAAAAAUAUAUUGUAUUUUUAGAUUUUUAGAUCGAAAGUUUGACAUUUGAUGUUUAUGCAUCAUAUUAACAUAUAACAUUUAGAUUGGCUAGAAAGUGCUUUAGGAGAUGGAGGUUUAGAAUUUGCUGGUAUGUGCCAUAGAUUGGUUAUUCAAAUUGGAGUGACGUUUACAGAAAAAGCUUUUAGUUAGCGAAUUUUUAAGCAAAAAAAAGAAUCUUUGAGAUCAAAUCCAAAUGCUAUUGA